AUGGAGCGAUCCUUCAUUCGGUCUCCAGCAGAGGUGCUGGAGUAUUUCAAAGUCUCGGAGCAUGAUGGCCUGUCGCAAGACCAGGUGACGGACUCCAGGCAGAGAUCUGGUCCAAAUGCUCUCGCAGAAGAUCCCCCGACUCCUCUCUGGGAACUUGUGCUCGAACAGUUCAAGGAUCAGCUUGUCCUGAUUCUCCUUGGUUCCGCUGCCGUGUCCUUCGUACUGGCUCUUUUCGAAGGUGGCGACGAUUGGACUGCUUUCGUUGACCCUGUUGUGAUUCUGACGAUCCUCAUCCUCAAUGCCGUGGUUGGUGUUACGCAAGAAAGCAGCGCGGAGAAGGCGAUUGCUGCUCUUCAAGAAUACUCUGCAAAUGAGGCGACGGUGGUUCGCAAUGGUGUCACCAAGCGCAUUAAGGCGGAAGACCUGGUCCCCGGAGAUAUCAUUCAUGUCGCGGUUGGAGAUCGCAUCCCCGCGGACUGCCGCGUGCUGGCAAUCCAUAGCAACAGUUUCCGGGUUGACCAGGCCCUCCUGACAGGUGAGAGCGAGAGCGUUUCCAAAGACGCUCGCACCAUCCAGGACGAACACGCUGUCAAGCAAGAUCAAACCAACAUUCUCUUCUCUGGCACCUCGGUCGUGAACGGUCAUGCUACGGCUAUCGUGGUCUUGACUGGUGCAUCGACUGCUAUUGGCGGUAUCCACGAAAGUAUCACGUCUCAGAUCUCGGAGCCGACUCCGUUGAAGCAGAAGCUCAAUGACUUCGGUGAUAUGCUGGCCAAGGUGAUUACUGUUAUCUGCAUCCUCGUGUGGGUCAUCAACGUUGAACACUUCAAUGAGCCGUCCCACGGAGGCUGGGCCAAGGGUGCCAUCUACUAUCUGAAGAUCGCGGUCUCUCUGGGUGUGGCUGCCAUUCCGGAAGGAUUGGCCGUCGUGAUCACCACCUGUCUGGCUCUGGGUACUCGUAAGAUGGCGAGCAAGAAUGCCGUCGUUCGGUCUCUGCCCUCGGUGGAAACUUUGGGUAGCUGCAGUGUGAUCUGCUCCGACAAGACUGGAACCUUGACUACCAACCAAAUGAGCGUCGAGAAGAUGGUUUACCUCAACGCAACCGGCGACGAUCUGGAGGAAAUUGAUGUCGAAGGCACAACUUUUGCUCCCGAGGGUAAACUCUCCAGUAAUGGAAAGGUGUUGCAAAACCUCGCUGCCACCUCAUCGACGGUUCGCCACAUGGCCGAAGUGAUGGCUCUCUGCAACAGUGCUACACUCGCUCAUGACGCCAAAAGUGGCGUGUUUUCUUGCAUCGGUGAACCUACCGAAGGCGCGCUGAGAGUCUUGGUUGAAAAGAUCGGUACUGAUGACGCCGCGACAAACAACAAGCUGUUGCGCCUCCCAGCCUCCCAGCGACUCCACGCCUCGAGUGCCUACUAUGAAUCCCGUCUCCCGUUACUGGCUACCUACGAAUUUUCGCGCGAUCGCAAGAGUAUGUCCGUGCUCGUUACCAAGGACAACGUCCAGAAGCUUCUCGUCAAGGGUGCUCCUGAAUCGAUUCUCGAACGUUGCUCUUAUGUCCUGUUGGGACCGGGUGGAUCUCGCGUUUCUCUCACCAAAGAGCACAGUGAUCUUCUCUCCCGCGAAGUGGUCGAAUAUGGAAACCGUGGCUUGCGUAUUAUGGCACUGGCUAGCGUUGACGACAUCGCGGGUAACCCGCUUCUGCACAAUGCCCAAACCCCCGAGGAUUACGCCCAGCUGGAGAGAAACAUGACCCUGAUCGGCCUUGUCGGAAUGCUGGAUCCUCCCCGAGCCGAGGUUGCUGAUUCUAUCCAGAAAUGCCGCGCUGCCGGUAUUCGCGUGAUUGUCAUCACGGGUGAUAACCGCAACACUGCCGAGUCUAUUUGCCGUCAAAUUGGUGUCUUUGGGGAGAACGAGGACCUCACGGGCAAGAGCUAUACGGGUCGUGAGUUUGACAGCCUCUCGCAGAGUGAGCAGAUUGAGGCCGUGAAGAGAGCGUCCCUCUUUUCGCGCACGGAGCCCAGCCACAAGUCCAAGCUCGUCGAUCUCCUUCAAUCCCAGGGCCAUGUGGUUGCGAUGACGGGCGACGGUGUUAACGAUGCUCCUGCUCUGAAGAAGGCCGACAUUGGUGUAGCCAUGGGUACGGGAACGGACGUUGCGAAGCUGGCCGCUGAUAUGGUUCUCACUGACGACAACUUUGCCACCAUCACGGUGGCCGUUGAGGAGGGCAGAUCCAUCUACAGCAACACCCAGCAGUUCAUUCGGUACCUGAUCUCGUCGAACAUUGGCGAGGUUGUUUCCAUCUUCCUGACCGCCGCUCUUGGUAUGCCCGAAGCAUUGAUCCCCGUUCAGCUUCUCUGGGUCAACUUGGUUACCGAUGGCUUGCCUGCUACUGCUUUGUCGUUCAACCCUCCGGACCAUGAUGUGAUGAGACGUGCUCCCCGCAAGCGCGACGAACCUCUCGUCGGCGGCUGGCUACUCUUCCGAUAUAUGGUCAUUGGUACCUACGUUGGUGCUGCUACCGUUUUCGGCUAUGUGUGGUGGUUCGUGUACAACCCAGAAGGACCACAAAUCUCUUUCUGGCAGCUGUCUCACUUCCACAAGUGCUCCUCCCAGUUCCCUGAGAUCGGGUGUGAGAUGUUCACGAAUGAUUUGUCCCGCUCUGCAUCCACCGUGUCGCUCUCGAUUCUCGUGGUCAUCGAGAUGUUGAAUGCCAUGAAUGCGCUGUCCUCCAGCGAAUCUCUCCUCACCUUCCCUCUGUGGAAGAAUAUGAUGCUGGUGUAUGCCAUCAUCCUCUCGAUGAGUCUUCACUUUGCGAUUCUGUACAUUCCGUUCCUGCAGUCGCUCUUCUCCAUCCUGCCUUUGGAUUGGAUGGAAUGGAAGGCGGUCUUGGCCAUUAGUGCCCCUGUCGUGGUGAUUGAUGAACUGCUCAAGUAUGUCGAGCGUCAGCUGUAUACCCUUCCUGCCAGUGCAGUAGGACCGCAGAAUGGCGACGCGUCGAAAGCCAAGACGGUGUAG